AUGGAGAUCCAAAAUACCCACCGGAAGAAGGAAAGACCUAUACUCAAUAGAAAACAGAUCAACGAGGACGUCAACCACAUCGCUCCGAAGGACUUCGGUUCGAUCAAGGAGCUUAGUAACAUAAUCCAAGCAUCGAUAAAACGAAACAGCGGUACAACUACACAUACGCCGAAAUACUAUUGGAGUAAGGAAUUGACAGACCUGUACAAAGCGAAAUCGGAGGCAAGGAAGCAGUUUAACCAGCACUCUAACGAGAACCUUAUAGCAAUGAACCUAGCAAAUGCACGGUUCCUUCGGCAAAAGAAGAUUCUGAUGAAAGAGAGGCUCAGCGCUAUAACCAAGGACAUCGACCCGCAAGAUACCAAAGCAAACUGGCAAUUGGUUCGCAGACAGAAAUACGGCAGUCGAAGCGAGUCAAAAAACAACAUAAUAGCUACCUCAAAAGAAAUAGCUCAGGAGUUCCUGAAAGAAAACUUCGGACCACCACAAGUUGGAAUGUUGGAUCUGAUGACGAAACAGAGCGCAACAGAGGAAAGGCAACUACUAACAGUAGAAUCAUGGAAGGAAAUCUUAAGAAAAAAGAAGGCACGUUCGGCUCCGGGUACAGACCGGUUGACGUACGAAGUUCUAAGAAACCUGAGUACCGAGGCACAGAGCAAAAUCGUAAAAGAAAUCAACGAGUACUUCCUGAAUGGAUGUCUACCUGAUUUCCUGAAAGAGAUACGGAUCGUACCUAUCAAAAAGCCAGGUAGGGACGCUAGAGAUGUAACAUCAAGUCGACCAAUAGCAUGUCUACCUACUAUUGUCAAGUCGGCAAACUCAGCAGUUCUGCAGGUAAUUCAAAAACACAUGGAAGAAAAUCAGGUGCUGCCAGACUUGUCUUUUGGUUUUCGCUCGGGAAAAUCAACGGAGGAUUGCCUUGCAUACGCCACGAACCACAUAAUGGAAGGAAGAAGGAAGAACAGGGUUACCAUUGGUGUUUUCUUUGAUUUCACCAAUGCGUUCAACUCAGUCAACGUUGACAAACUCAAGGAAAUACUACAAGAAGAAGCAUUCCCGGAGGAUACUGUGUGGUACUGA